UGAUCUGAGAGAGUUUCUUGGCCUCUAUGAGAUAGAUGUCAACCAGCAGCUUUUACCAGGCCUGCAGCCAAGGUCAGGCACUAGGCCAGGAUGGCCCCGCCCCAGGGGCAGGCAUUGUUGGACCUUGCAUAAAGGCGGGGUGCCAGGCAGGGCUGGACAGCCAGGAAGAAAGGCAGCUUGGCGAGGCCUCAGGAUGGACUCAUUUGAGGACACACUGCGGCAGCUGCGGGAGGCCUUCAACACCGGGCGGACACGGCCAGCUGAGUUCCGGGCUGCACAGCUGCAAGGCCUGGGCCGAUUCCUUCGAGACAACAAACAGCAGCUGCAGGAGGCACUGGCCCAAGACCUACACAAGUCAACCUUUGAGUCAGAAGUAUCUGAGAUUGCCAUAAGCCAGGCAGAGGUGGACCUGGCCCUCAGGAACCUGCGGUCUUGGAUGAAGGAUGAGAAAGUGUCCAAGAAUCUGGCCACACAGCUGGACUCAGCCUUCAUCCGGAAGGAGCCCUUUGGCCUGGUGCUCAUCAUUGUGCCCUGGAAUUAUCCCUUGAACCUGACGCUCGUGCCACUGGUGGGGGCCAUUGCUGCAGGGAACUGUGUGGUACUCAAGCCCUCAGAGACCAGCAAGGCCAUUGAGAAGAUCCUGGCUGAGGUCCUCCCCCGCUAUCUGGACCAGAGCUGCUUUGCUGUGGUGCUGGGUGGGCCUCAGGAGACCGGGCAGCUGCUGGAACACAGGUUUGACUACAUCUUCUACACAGGGAAUGCUUAUGUAGGAAAGAUCGUGAUGGCCGCUGCUGCCAAACACCUGACACCCAUCACCCUGGAGCUGGGGGGUAAGAACCCCUGCUAUGUGGAUGACAACUGCAACGCCCAGAUUGUGGCCAACCGUGUGGCCUGGUUCCGCUACUUCAAUGCUGGCCAGACCUGUGUGGCCCCCGAUUACAUCCUGUGUAGCCAGGAGAUGCAGGAGCAGCUGGUGCCUGCCCUGCAGAAUGCCAUCACACGUUUCUAUGGAGACAACCCACAGACCUCCCCUAACCUGGGCAGAAUCAUCAACCAGAAACAUUUCAAGCGGCUCCAGGGACUGCUGGGCUGUGGCCGUGUGGCCAUUGGCGGCCAGAGCGAUGAGAGCGACCUCUACAUUGCACCCACAGUGUUAGUGGACGUGCAGGAGACAGAGCCUGUGAUGCAGGAGGAGAUCUUUGGACCCAUCUUGCCUGUGGUGACUGUGAAGAACUUGGAUGAGGCCAUUGAUUUCAUUAACCGUCGGGAGAAGCCACUCUCGCUGUAUGCCUUCUCUAAGAGAAGUCAGGUGAUUAAACAAGUCCUGGCCCGGACCAGCAGUGGGGGCUUCUGUGGGAACGAUGGCUUCAUGCACAUGACCCUGUCCAGCCUUCCUUUUGGAGGAGUGGGAUCGAGCGGAAUGGGCAGGUACCACGGCAAGUUCUCCUUCGACACCUUUUCCAACCAGCGUGCCUGUCUGCUGCGCAGCCCCGGGAUGGAGAAAAUCAAUGACCUCCGUUACCCGCCCUACUCCAGGAGAAACCUCAGAUUGCUCCUGGUGGCCAUGGAGGAGAGAAGCUGCAGCUGCACGCUGCUGUGAGGGG